AUGAUUUCUCUCUUAACCACGGUGCUUUUGUCACUUUUGUCGGGGCUUUUCGCAGGCCUAGCUGAGGGACUUGUAAACCCUAUCGAGAUCCAUGAACAGCACUUUUUCGACUCGAUAACUGGCGAGCUCUUUUUCAUAAAAGGCGUAGAUUACCAACCGGGCGGCUCUUCAGCAAUUACUAGCGACCAAGACCCACUUUCCGACCCUAAGGUCUGUGCCAGGGAUAUUGCUCUCUUCCAACAGUUAGGAAUUAACACAAUACGGGUUUACUCAAUUAGUCCAGAUUUAAACCAUGAUUCCUGUAUGAGCAUGUUAGCAGCUGCAGGCAUAUACUUGAUUCUAGAUGUCAAUUCUCCAAUGGAGAAUCAGCACUUGAACAGAUACGAACCCUGGACUACUUAUAACCACGAAUAUCUGCAGCACGUUUUUGAAAUUAUUGAGGAGUUUGGACAUUAUAAUAACACUUUAGGCUUCUUUGCAGGCAAUGAAAUUAUUAAUGAUGAAGUCUCUGCAGAGAGGUCACCUGUAUAUGUCAAGGCGGUUGUUAAUGACAUGAAGCAAUACAUCAAGGCCAACGCGCCAAGAAAAAUUCCGGUCGGCUACUCAGCUGCUGAUGACUUGAGAUAUCGCAUUCCGCUUUCAAAGUAUCUUGAGUGUGAAGAUGAAGACAUGCCAGACUCAAGCAUUGAUUUCUAUGGUGUCAAUUCAUAUCAAUGGUGCGGAAAGCAAACCUUUCAAACUUCGGGCUAUGACCAAUUGGUCAAAGCUUACCUUGAGUACACAAAGCCCGUUUUUUUCUCAGAGUUUGGAUGCAACCAAGUCAGUCCUCGCUCUUUCGAAGAGGUAGAGUCUUUACAUUCGAAGGAUAUGGUAAACACCUUUAGCGGAGGCCUAGUUUAUGAGUUCACGCAGGAGGCGAACAAGUACGGACUUGUUGAAAUCGAUACAAACGGAGAUGCGCAUUUGCUGUCCGAUUUCAAAGCACUUCAGAAACGGUACACAGCUAUUGAAAGUAAGGAAUUCCAAACUGUUAGAGAAAAUGCAAUCAGCUUAAUGGCAAUGGCGCCUCAGCCAGUUUGUGAAUCAAGUUAUGAAAAUUUGGACAUCACCCCCACUGUUCCCAAAAAUCUUGCACAAGAACUCAUCAGAAAACGUGUUGAGAAUAAGCGCGGAAAAUACAUUAAGCUCAGUCAAAGUGAUAUGGUAUCAACUUUCGACGUGUACGACGAAAACGGAGACCAGUUCGAAAGCGAGCUAGCUAUUAAGACUAUCAAUCAAAUUGAUUCAGAUGAUGUGGAUGACAAGCAUGAGUUUGAGCCAGAGGACCCCUCGCCUCCCAAAUCUCCCUCCAAGGAACGCGAACGUAACAGCGCUCCUAAGCCAACCUCAAAUGUAUAUCUCAUUGCAGCCUGGUUUGCAUCUUAUCUCUUCCUAGUCGCUUGCUCUCAGGCCACAGUUUUCAAUAUUUAA